UUUACUUUUGUCCUUUUCCAACGGGGGGAGGUACCCGAGAACAAGGAUGAAGUAUGACAGGCUCCUCUUGGAGACGAAACUGCUUACCUACCUGUUAACACAGCCGUAAUUUAACAGGAUAUCCAAUACCAUCUCCGGUCUUUUGAGAGCUGUCAGAAAAAGCGCACCCGUCAAUACUGGUGCUUUUACCACCGAUUUUCGUACCUCGCGACAAAAGAGCGUCUAUCCAGAGCUCACGAUGGCGCUUGCUUUGGGGGCAGUUCAAGUGGCUAUUGUGUCUUUCAUUUUUACUACUUUCUCGAUCAUAGCCCUAGCGCUAAGGCUUUGGUCAAGGCGCAUCCUAAGACUUUCUUUUGUCUUUAAUGAUUAUAUGGCGAUUUUGGCGCUAGCACUCGCUCUCGGUGCCGUGUCGGUCUUCCUUGCAGCCGGCUUCGCUGCAGGUCUAGGAGUUCAUCUAGAUGAAAUUCUAGCAACGAACCCCAAAAUAUUCGCGCUACAUCUCAAGUUAUUCGUUCCCGCGCAGCUGCUUUGGGCUGCGGCAAAUACCUGUGUGAAGCUAUCGAUCCUAUCAUUAUAUACGACGAUAUUUCCGAAAAAGCGAUUUUCCUAUGUGUGCUAUGGGGUAAUGGCACUGUCGAUUGCGUACUUUGUCAGCGUCUUUCUCGAAACCUUUGUCCUCUGCAAGCCCGCGCGAUACAAUUGGGAUAAAUCCAUUCCGGGAGAAUGUAACGGAGAAAAUUCGGCAUACCUCGGCGCGGGCAUCACCAAUCUUCUAAUCGACACGAUCAUUGUGGCGCUGCCAAUGCCUAUGCUUUUCGGCUUACAGAUGUCACUCCCGAAGAAGCUUGGCAUUGCUGGUAUGUUCAGUCUCGGAAUCGUGAUUUGCGUCAUUUCCUUAUUAAGGGUAAUAUGGCUUCAUAAUUGGGACUUGUCAGAUAUGACAUACACCGUAACUCCGGGUGCAAUAUACUCCGUAUUGGAGCCAACGCUGGGGGUCGUAAAUGCCUGCUUGCCCACGAUGAGGCCUGCCCUCAUAAGAAUUUUCGGCAAUGGGUCCUUAAAUUGGUCGAGAAAAGAUGGCUUGGGGACAAACGAUUCUAGUAUACUUUCUAACCGCGACCGAAGACUGGCACGAAACUCAAAGGAUAGAUACAGUCGGAACUUUUUACGGCUGGAUGACGAUAUUCCUCUCACCAAUAUCCAAGCGGAGAAUAGGCAAGCCAUAGACUCGGGGCAGUCUAAUGUUAUUACAGUAAUAAGGGAAUGGGACAUUGAUAGAUCCGGUCCGAGUGAAACGGACACGGCUCACGGAAGUGCCCAAAAUCUUUGGUCAACUAGGUCAUCAACAUAAGGUGUGAUAGAAAAGCUCGUUUGAAAGAGGCUCAGGAAAUGACCGGAAUAUCAGGGGGUCGGGGGGUAAAGCGCCACGUUUUGUCGGUUAUAUCAUACCGCAUAGUGCAUAAAACGUGCAUAAAUAGUUAUCAACUCCUCCCGACAGUCUGCAUUAGGUCAGGUACCUAAGUAUCUUUAACAUUACUUAGCGCGGGCCGGCACAGCCAAUCUAAUAACUCCGGUAAACCCGAUAUGGUAACCCCCUAUUAUUAGACCAGUGGCCAGAAAUAAACACAACCGAAU